CGUAGACAUCUCUGAGGGAACUUCGUCAAUCGAAGCACAAGUCUUCAGAAGUCAUUUGGGCUUGCCAUCUUUCAGAUCACAAAAAAGAUCGCCACAUAAACAUUGCAAACAUGGUCGCCAAACAGAGAAUACGCAUGGCCAACGAAAAACACAGCAAAAACAUCACGCAAAGAGGAAAUGUGGUGAAAUCUAUGAGGGCUCAAGACGAAAAAGUGGCAGUGGGACCAUGGCUUCUUGCAUUAUUCAUAUUUGUCGUCUGUGGAUCAGCAAUUUUCCAGAUUAUCCAAAGCAUCAGGAUGGGAAUGUAGUGUGAAGAGACCCCAUUACACCCCGAGCUCUCAGCAUUCCUCCUCAUUUCCAAGAUGGUUACUCCCUUCUGGCAAGCCUGAAGAUCAAUCGUCCAUUCCAUCUUACAUUAUUUAAUCUCUUUUCCCCUCUCUUUAAGUGCCAAGAUGGAUAACCAUAGCUAUCUCUCCCUAAUUGAAUGAGGCAUGUCACCUUACUUCAAAAGAAAAUACUUGCCGAAGCCAUACAUUAUGGGAAUUUUGACAUUCCAUUGCAGGACCAACUUUGCUGCUGAAUCUGUUGAGUGAAAUCACAUGUUUAAAACGAGACGGACAAGUAUUCAUACUUACCGUGAAUUUGAGCUUUUUAUCCAUUUGUGAUUCUUCAAUGAAAUUUCUCAAGAUUCUCCUCUUUAUUUUCAAAGAAGGACUGUAUGAGAGAGUGUUGUGCCUUUUUAGGGACCAUGUAAUUUGACAGCUGUAACUGUGGUAUAGACUAAUGACAGGAGAAACAGUUGUGAAUCAGGAUAAGGUACUCCCCUAAGUUGAAUGUUGUUGCAAGCAUGCAACAUCUAACAUUAUGCACCUUUCUGUGUUAUGGUUCUACAGCCUGUAUAAUACCUAUCAAGUGAUGGCUGGUGUAUUUUGAAAUGAAAGUAAGUGAAAGAAGUCUAUGCAAACUCCUGAAGGAAAUUAUAGCUACACUGUGUGUGGCAACAGGCAAAAAACAUAUGCUGUCAAUAAAGUCUUCAAAAAACAAAUAAAAAAUGUAAAUUCAA